AUGCAUACUGAUCUUGCAGAAAUGAUUCCUGUCGCAACAAUGGCAAAUUUCUGGAACAUACCGAUUAUCGCUUAUAUGGCUACAGCCAAUGCUCUGUCCAACAAAAAGAUCUACAAAACACUGGUUCGUGUUUCGUUAAGAACAAUAAACACUGUUGCUGAGUCGACUGCGGCAUUUAUAAAACAUUACAAAUGGAAAAAGAUCGCGCUAAUAACAAAUACUGGCGUAUCAGCAUUCGAGAUGACUAGCGCUUUUGAGCCCAUAUUGAAGCGUUAUGGAAUAACGAUUACCAAGAAGGUUCUCUUUGAAGAGUCUGCCACAGUUCAAGACAUGGUCAGCAGUGGGCUUCUGGAUGAAAUUCGCUCGAACUGCAGAAGUGAGUGGAGAAUUCAUUUCUAG